AUGGCGUCCUCCAGCGUGGCACUGAUCUUGCUAACCUUAGCUUUAGGGUCGCUGCUUCUCGUAUGGUGGGCACGACGACGGCCUCGGGGCCGGAGCGUGUGCGUAGUGGUGCUCGGAGACGUGGGCCGAAGUCCUCGGAUGCAGUACCAUGCGCUGUCCCUGGCCCGGCGCGGCUUCGACGUGACCAUGCUGGGAUACUGUGGUUCCAGACCUCAUAGUGAACUCUUAAGCAAUAAGAAAAUUCAUAUUUUGGACCUGCCUGAAAUUAAGCGAAUUCCAGUUGGUCCCCAGAUAUGUCAGUAUGGUAUAAAAGUUGUUAUCCAGGCUGUAUACCUUCUGUAUGUCUUGCUUUUAAAGACUUGUCCAGUGGUUUACAUUUUACUCCAGAAUCCACCUGGCCUGCCCAGCAUUGCUGUGUGCUGGGUUGUGUGUUGUCUUCGCAGGAGCAAACUAGUCAUUGACUGGCACAAUUAUGGCUAUACCAUCAUGGGUCUGACACAUGGCUUUGCCCACCCUCUUGUACAGCUAGCUAAGUGGUAUGAAAAGCUCUGUGGCCGCCUGUCAGAUCUGAACUUGUGUGUGACCAAUGCAAUGAGAGAAGAUUUGGCAAAGAACUGGAAUAUAAGAGCUGUGACAGUCUAUGACAAGCCAGCAUCAUUUUUCACCUGUACUCCACUAGAGAAACAGCAUCAUCUCUUCAUGAAACUGAGCCACAGCUACUCUCCAUUCAAAGCAUGCACAGAGCCCUUGGACCCAAUCUUUGAGAGAUCUGCAUUCACAGAGCUCAAUACUAGGAGCAGGAAAGUGCUACAACUUGAUGGGAGACCAGCUUUGCUGGUCAGCAGCACGAGCUGGACAGAAGAUGAAGAUUUCUCCAUCUUGCUGAAAGCUUUAGCAAAGUUUGAACAAUGGAUCGUUGAUGGAGAAAACCUGCCUUCUCUCGUCUGUGUGAUAACAGGUAAAGGACCUCUUAAAGAGCAUUAUGGCCAGAUCAUCAACCAGCUGUGCCUAAAGCACAUUCAGAUCUGCACCCCAUGGUUGGAAGCUGAAGAUUACCCUUUGCUUCUUGGAUCAGCAGAUCUCGGGGUCUGCCUCCACAAAUCCUCCAGUGGCCUGGAUCUUCCCAUGAAGGUGGUGGAUAUGUUUGGUUGCUGCUUACCAGUUUGUGCAAUACAUUUCCAGUGUUUACAUGAACUCGUGAAACAUGAAGAAAAUGGCCUGGUUUUUGUGGAUUCUGAGCAGCUUGCUGCUCAGCUGAAGAUGCUCUUCUCAGAAUUUUCCAGGCCUGAUAACAAAUUGAACCAGUUCAGAAAAACCCUUAAGGAAUCCAAACAGUUGCGCUGGGAUGAGAGUUGGGAACAGAAUGUUUUCCCAUUAUUGACUCACACAUGAAGACUUUGGCUAAAAACUCAAAUUCAAUAAACAUGUUUUAAAUAAGAACUUACUCAAGACACCUUGCUAAGGUGCUGGAAAUACAAAUUAUAAAGAAUUACAUUCCUGCUUUUAAGUAAUACUAGUUUUACAGAGGGAAGAAACAUGAACACCCAACUGUAAUACAUUAGGAAAUGAUUAAAUACAUAGGAGAGGUCAAAGAAUAUCUUGAGAUUCAGAGAGGAAGGAAUUCUUGCUGAGGAGAUUUUGGAAAGCUUCAUGGAAGAAAUAUCAUUUGAACUAGGCUAUGAUAAAUCCCAAUACUUUACAUGCAUAUAACACUUGAAGAGUCCCAAAGUCAAAGUAACAAUAAGCAGGAUAAGAGGUAGUUGGGAGCCUGAACUAUAGUAGUAAGAAUGGAAAGGAGAGGUGACUGAUAUUUUGGGACAUGAGAUUCAAAGAUGACUGAAGAUUUAAGCUUGGGGAAAAAAAUGUAAAAUUAAGAUGUAUUGGGGGGAGGGGAGUUGGGGGAGUGGCAGCAGCUGGUUAGUUCAGUGAAUUGAGAGUCAGGCCUGGAAAUGGGAGGUCCUAGGUUCAAAUCUGGCUUCAGACACUUAC